UGGCACGUGGAGAAGGACCAUGUCUGAAAUAGAAAUCAAUAUGUAGGGAAUUCUUUAGGAAAAUAUCAAAAUUACUGCCAGAGCCUAGUUGGCACAACAAGCUAGCUAGGGCUCGCAACAAAAAAAUAUGGGUACAAUAGGUAAGUUAGUCCGUGAAGUUGAAAUCAAAAGUGAUAUUAACUUGGUUUAUGAAAUCUACAAACACAAACCAAACAACUCUGCAGUCAUCUCCCCUGAUAAGGUUCAAGGUUGUGAUUUUGUUUCAGGUCAAUGCUGUGAUCCUGGAUCUGUCAUUGGCACUUCAUCCAUGGUGAUUGAAGGAGGAGUAUUGGAGGUUUAUAAUCCCUUAAUCCUCACGGUUAAUAUUGAAGAUAUGAGUCAUAAGAAGUUGGUUACCUGGACUAUGGACUUCGAGAAGGUGAAUGGUUGA